AUGAAUCCUCAAAUUUACGGACCUGUAUCUUCUUGUAAACCCAAUUCCUCGAAAACCCAACAUUCUCGCUCGGAUUCAACAAACCCAGUGUCGGAACCAGCCAAUAGAGCUUCUGGGUCGGAGACUCGAGUGUAUAUCCGGAAGAAAAGAGUAAAAUUGGAAGCUUUGGAUAAAGAUUCCGGCAAAGGAAUCAAUACCCACAAACAGCUAUGUGGAUUACCUGAUAUAGAAGAAUUUGCUNUCAAAAAGAAAACUGGAUCUUCUUCAACCAGGAGAUCAACGGAAACUAGCAUCACUGUGACUUCAGUCAAAUCAGCAGGAAAUCCGCCUGAAAACUGGGUAAAAGUGUUAGAUGGUAUUCGUCAAAUGAGAUCUUCUGAAGAUGCACCAGUUGAUUCUAUGGGUUGCGAUAAAGCUGGAAGUUUUCUUCCUCCUUCGGAAAGAAGAUUUGCUGUUUUGUUAGGAUCACUACUUUCAAGUCAGACAAAAGAUCAAGUUAAUAACGCUGCAAUCCAUCGUCUUCAUGAAAACGGCCUUCUCACCCCUGAAGCCAUUGACAAAGCUGAUGAAUCAACCAUAAGAGAUUUGAUCUACCCGGUUGGAUUUUAUACAAGGAAGGCUACAUAUAUGAAGAAAAUAGCUAAAAUUUGUCUAGUGAAGUAUAACGGUGACAUUCCAAGUUCUUUGGAUGACCUAUUGUCGCUUCCAGGGAUUGGUCCCAAGAUGGCUCACCUGAUUCUGCAUAUAGCCUGGAAUGAUGUUCAAGGUAUAUGUGUAGAUACACACGUCCAUCGCAUUUGCAAUCGACUUGGNUGGGUGUCUCGACCAGGAACCAAACAGGUACUUCUGAAUUAG